CUCUUUUCUCUCCCUCAUUUCACUCAAUAAGAACCGUCUGAGAGAGAAAAGAAGAAAAAGUUUUGUAGAGAUGGAUAAGGAAGUAAUAGCAGUUUCGGCGAUGGAGGCUUUCGAGAAGCUCGAGAAAGUCGGCGAAGGCACCUACGGUAAAGUGUACAGAGCCAGAGAGAAAUCCACCGGGAAAAUCGUCGCGCUCAAGAAGACGCGUCUCCACGAGGACGAAGAAGGCGUUCCUUCCACCACUCUCCGCGAGAUCUCCAUCUUACGCAUGCUCGCUCGCGAUCCUCACAUCGUCAAGUUGAUGGAUGUGAAGCAGGGACUGAGCAAAGAUGGAAAGACAGUGCUGUACUUGGUGUUUGAGUACAUUGACACUGACGUCAAGAAGUACAUCAGAAGUUUCCGUCAGACUGGAGCCAACAUUCCUCCCCACAUUGUCAAGAGUUUGAUGUACCAACUUUGCAAAGGAAUCGCUUUCUGCCAUGGCCACGGUGUGCUCCACAGAGAUCUCAAGCCUCACAAUCUCUUGAUGGACCCCAAGACAAUGAGGCUUAAGAUUGCUGAUCUUGGUUUAGCCAGAGCCUUUACUCUCCCUAUGAAGAAGUAUACUCAUGAGAUAUUGACUCUAUGGUAUAGAGCACCAGAGGUGCUUCUUGGGGCCACUCAUUACUCUACUGCUGUUGAUAUGUGGUCUGUUGGCUGCGUCUUUGCUGAGCUUGUGACCAACCAAGCCAUCUUUGCUGGAGACUCUGAGCUCCAACAGCUUCUCCAUAUUUUCAGGUUGCUCGGGACGCCCAAUGAAGAAAUGUGGCCAGGUGUGAGCACACUCAAGAACUGGCACGAAUACCCACAGUGGAAGCCCUUGAGUCUCUCCACAUCUGUUCCCAAACUUGACCAGGCUGGACUUGAUCUUCUCUCUAAAAUGCUGCAGUACGAGCCAGCAAAACGAAUCUCAGCAAAGAUGGCUAUGGAGCAUCCUUACUUUGAUGAUCUCCCGGACAAGUCCUCUCUCUGAGGAUUUUGAUUCUUCGAGUUACUGCUUCUUUCAAGCAUAUCUCUAGUGUGCUUCUCACUCUCUUCGCUUUAGCUUCAUUAUCGUCACCUCUUCUGAUUGUGUUUCUUUCUGUUCCCAAGUUUGUAUCAAAGGUUCAACAUUUUUAAGAAAACUUAUUUAUUCUAUAAUGAUACAACCUUGAUGA